UUCCAUCUUCACAUUUAUACUAUUAUAACCUAAAGCUCUUUCUAAAGCUCUAAUCAAACCCUAAAAAAAUAUACAUUGGUUUAAAAAAAUUAAUCAAGAUGGGAAAAUUUGCAAUCCAAGUCUUGUUUUUCACCUUCUUCUUUGCAUUUCUCUUGCUUAUCCUCCCAACAACAUCACAAGAAGUCGAAAAUGAGAGAGAAUUUGAUUACGAGAGAAAUGGCGAAAAGGGACCUGCUCAAUGGGGAAAGAUGCAUAAAGAAUGGAGUGUAUGUAGCAAUGGCACAAUGCAAUCUCCAGUUGAUUUGCUAGAUCAAAGAGUUGAAGUUGUUUCUCAUUUGGGAAGACUUAGUAGAAGUUAUAAUCCUGCUAAUGCCACUCUCAAGAAUAGAGGCCAUGAUAUUAUGUUAGAAUGGGAAAGUGGAGCAGGAACAAUUGAAAUAAAUGGAACAGAAUAUAUUCUUAAACAAUGUCAUUGGCAUUCUCUUUCUGAGCACACCAUUGAUGGAAGAAGGUUUGCUCUAGAGCUGCAUAUGGUUCAUGAAAGCCUUGAUGGAAAAGUUGCUGUGGUUGGGAUUAUGUACAUCAUUGGAAGACCAGACUCUUUCUUAUCAUCUCUAACAGAACAUUUAAAAUCAAUUAGUGGAACUUAUGAAGAAGUAAGAUCUGUGGGAAUAGUAAAUCCAAAGGACAUAAAGAUAGGAAGUCGAAAAUAUUACAGAUACAUUGGAUCUCUUACAGUUCCUCCUUGUACUGAGAAUGUUCUUUGGACUAUGAUUAAAAAGGUCAGGACCGUUACUAGAGAACAAGUGAGGCUGCUUCGAGUAGCUGUUCAUGAUGAAUCUGAUACAAAUGCAAGACCAGUACAGCAAAUGAAUGGACGCUCGAUGCAUCUUUACAGACCAGAAGUCGAUAGUGAUGAUUAAAUUAUUAUUAUUUUUUUUGUUAAGUCGAUGAAUAAUUAUUUCAUUUACAUUGAUGAGUUAGAUAGGCUAGAAAUAAAAUCAUCUGAGUAAAGAUCAUCAUAGAUGGCUGUCCCUGUUGCUAUUAAUUAUAAAUUUCCUUCAUUA